GAUUGGCUGAGCAGUCGGCUCCUGAGGAGGGUGUCGCCCCGCCUCCCUAGGAAACAGGCAUCUGAUUGGCUGCGGCGUGGGGCUUUUGUGUCCCCGCCCUCCCCCGGGGACCGCAGCGGGCUGGAGGCGCUGCUGGUGUCAGAGCCCUGCGAGCGCUGGCAGUUCCGCGGCGGGGAUGCCGAGCAGCGCCGCGUCCGCCAGCAGCCCUCGCCACUGCGGACUUCAGGGGCACCCCAGGCCGUGAAAGCCCGCGCGCCGCGGCCAACCCCAGGCUCCCGAGUCCAUUCGCCGCUCCAGGAGCCGGACGCGAGGAGAGUCCAGCGAGGCAGCGGCCGUUCCUGGACUCUGGGAGCGUUCUGGAGCCCCGAGAGACACCCCGGGUUCUAGAACCUCCCCUGCGGCCCCCGGUCCCGGCUUCCUGAGUGCGUCCGGCCACAAACCCCUCCGGUGCCCGGGUCCCGGCGCACACCAUGAUCGUGGCGGACUCUGAAUGCCGCACGGAGCUGAAGGGCUACCUGCCGUUCUCCCGGGGCGGCGGCGGCGGCGGCGGCGGCGGCGGCAGCGGCAGCCCGGGGGCCGGAGAGGAGCAGAGGAUGAGGUGGGCUCGGGGAGGCCCUCGAGGACCCAGCGCCUUCAUCCCAGUGGAGGAGGUCCUACAGGAGGGAGCUGAAAGCCUCGAGCAGAACCUGGGGCUGGAGGCACUGAUGUCCUGUGGGCGUGUGGACAACCUGGCAGUGGUGAUGGGCCUGCACCCCGACUACCUUAGCAGAUUCUGGCGCCUGCACUACCUACUGCUGCACACAGAUGGGCCCCUGGCCAGCUCCUGGCGCCACUACAUUGCCAUCAUGGCUGCUGCCCGCCACCAGUGUUCCUACCUGGUGGGCUCCCACAUGGCCGAGUUUCUGCAGACUGGCGGUGACCCUGAGUGGCUGCUUGGCCUCCACCGGGCCCCUAAGAAGUUGCGCAAGCUUAAUGAGAUCAACAAGUUGCUGGCACAUCGCCCGUGGCUCAUCACCAAGGAGCACAUCCAGGCCUUGCUGAAGACGGGUGAGCAUAGCUGGUCCCUGGCUGAGCUCAUCCAGGCCCUGGUCCUGCUCACCCACUGUCACUCACUGGCCUCCUUCGUGUUUGGCUGUGGCAUCCUCCCUGAGGGGGACCCGGAGGGCAGCCCGGUACCCCAGGCACCUUCACCCCCCAGCGAGCAAAGCAGCCCCCCCAGCAGAGACUCACUGAACAGUUCUGGGGGCUUCGAGGCUGCCCGCGACGUGGAGGCUUUGAUGGAACGCAUGAGGCAGCUGCAGGAGAGCCUGUUGCGGGAUGAGGGAGCGUCUCAGGAAGAGAUGGAGAGCCGCUUCGAGCUGGAGAAGUCGGAGAGCCUGCUGGUGACCCCCUCGGCUGACAUCCUGGAGUCCUCGCCACACCCAGACAUGCUGUGCUUCGUAGAAGACCCCACUUUCGGAUAUGAGGACUUCACCCGGCGAGGGACUCAGGCGCCUCCUACCUUCCGUGCCCAGGAUUAUACCUGGGAAGACCAUGGCUACUCCCUGAUCCAGAGGCUUUACCCGGAGGGUGGGCAGCUGCUAGAUGAGAAGUUCCAGGCAGCCUAUAGCCUCACCUACAACACCAUGGCCAUGCACAGCGGAGUGGACACCUCCAUGCUCCGCAGGGCCAUCUGGAACUACAUCCACUGCGUCUUCGGCAUCAGGUAUGACGACUAUGACUACGGGGAGGUGAACCAGCUCCUGGAGCGGAACCUCAAGGUCUAUAUCAAGACAGUGGCCUGCUACCCGGAGAAGACCACCCGGAGAAUGUACAGACUCUUCUGGAGGCACUUCCGCCACUCAGAGAAGGUCCACGUGAACUUGCUGCUCCUGGAGGCCCGCAUGCAAGCCGCCCUGCUCUAUGCCCUCCGUGCCAUCACCCGCUACAUGACCUGACUCCCACACAGGACCUGGGCCCGGAGCAGCUAACUCUCGAGGCAUCCUCCUCUCUGCAAGAACUUUUCUGUCUGGAGACAGACCCGAUCCCUUUCUGUCCCACGCCCACCCGCCACACUCUGGGGGUGGGCUUUUGUGUGAGGUGCAGCCCCCAAGCCACACCCUACAGUUUCUCACUGGAAUGGACAGGAUCUCUGGGAUCUCAGCUCUGGCCCUGGGAGCUGGAAGAGGACUAGCAGAUCCCCAGGGGCCAUGCCCUCUUCCUACCCCGGAACCCAGAGGCAGAAGGCACAGGAAGUAAGAUGGGCUGAGUGCGGAUUUAUGUACCUCCAGGUUGGGCCCACCACAAGCACUGUGGCCUUCCUGGACUGGAAUGGUCCCCGGCUGGCCCCUGAGGGAGAGGGGUGAACACCUCCAGGGACUGACACUCCAAGCAGCUUUCCUUUUCCUCCAUCAUUCCAAUUCCAUUACCUCUCACCUGCCAUUAACCCGUCAAUGUGAAAGUCAGGGUCACAGCUGGUCUGUGCAUCCGGCUCCCCAAAAACCUGUUCAGUUGGGCAGCCUGAAGGCCCCUUGUUUCCUGGUGGCCCCAAUCCUGUUUCAUUUGCUUUGAUCUCCUCUGACCUUCCACCCUUUUCUCCCACACCUGGUGGUGUGAGGCCCCAGGAGAGAGACCAAGCACAUCCAAAAAGUAGAUGAUCUCUAGAGAAUUUGAGUAGCUUUGUUGGUCACUUUGCCUUUUGAAGUGUAGGGAGUAUUAGGUUAUAAAUUCUCUGUAUUUUGGUCCUUUAUGGAUGAAGUCCAAACCUCUCCAGGGCCUCACCUCUAAAGGUGUGAGCAGGAGGACGGGGGCAAUCUGUUCCCCCCGGAGCCUGCACCGCUCCUGUGUCCUGAGCUCUACUGCAGAUAUUUGCCAAAAACUCGAUCCUUUCUAGGUGGCACAUGGCGCAGUGGGAGAGCUCGGAGACCCCAGGGUUGUUCGGGCCCUGCCCCUGGCCAGGUGACCAUGGCUAUGUUGCCAAACCUCCUUGACCCCGAUUUCCUCCGUUUCAGACUAAGGGGAGGGGAUACUUUUCAUGCCUGAGUCUUCACUCUGGGUUUCUCAGGCCAACCUGCCAGCAGUGAACUGCACAUCGUGCAGGAUUUUGAAGGUCCUCCGGGGACUCCCCCUCUUGCAGUCAGUCUCCUGGCUGCCUUCCAAGGACCACCCAGAUUCUGUCCCCUCUCCUCAGCAGCCAAGGACUGACUUCUAUAGCAAACAAGCUGUGAAUUACGACUUCCCUUGCCCUCCUUCCAGCAGUGUGUGCCUCCUCUCUGACCGGUGAGGAGGUGACUGAGGAAAGGCAAGGGCCAAGCUGCUGCUUGCUUCUGACCCUCCUCGCUGGGGUGGGGCAGGAAAGGAGCCUGGUCAGUGUGCCGCAUUUCAUACCCAUGCAGGCAUGGGAAGCGACUGGCACCCUCAGACCUCACAGCCCUCCCUGCAGUGAAGCUGGGCAGGAGGGGAGAGGCCCCAGCCUGGGUUUGGAGUCUAGGAGGACAUGAUGUCGGUAAAUGUUCUGUGCGUGGAUGGGGAGGGGUAUUCAGUGUUCAAGUGCAGAAGUCUUUGGCUUUGCUACCAGUUCUGUGUAAUGAGAAAUAAAAGUUCACCGAGGUUUUGUUUUGUA